UUGCCAUGGAGAGGCCGGCUGCGUGGAGACCGCGCGCUGACGCCAGGGCUUUGAAGCCGGGUCCUCAGCCACCAUGAGCGGCCGAAGUAGGGGUCGCAAGUCCUCCCGUGCCAAAGGCCGCAGCAAAGGCCGCGCCAGAGCCCGAGUCCGCGCGCCUCCCGAGGACUGCCUGCGCGACGCGAAGCCGCCCCGGGGCCCGUUUGGGGAGGACGCCGCGGCCGCGCAGGUGCAAGCCAGCCCCGAGCUGGGAGCCCCGGAGCCCGCCGCGCCGGGGGAGGACGCGGCCUGCCGCCUCCCGCUGGACUGCGGCCUCGCGCUCCGGGCUGCGGGGGACCGCGGGCUGGCCGCCGGCGGCCAGGGGAAGGCCACGUCCCUGGCGGAGCGCCUGGCCACCGACACCGUGUUCCUGGGAACCGUGGGCGCCUUGGCCAGGCUGCGAAGCGGCCCCCGCGUAGGGAAUCGGCGUGUCCCUGUUGGGAAGAAGGCCGCAGAUCCCCGCAGUGCCGCGGGGAGGGGACCUCAGGCCAUAAGUGGUGGGAAGGCAAAGAAAAGCUCUGCGGGGCCCUGUACUGCAGUCCCAGUGGGGGAGGAAAAGGCGGUGGAGAACCGUGCAGGGUCAGGGUCCCAGGCGACGGAGGGCAGCAUGGAUACUCUGGAGACCGUGCAGCUGAAGCUGGAGACUAUGAACGCGCAGGCCGACAGGGCCUAUCUCAGGCUCUCCCGCAAAUUUGGCCAGUUGCGACUUCACCACUUAGAGCGCAGGAACCUCCUCAUCCAGAGCAUCCCAGGCUUCUGGGGGCAAGCUUUUCAGAACCACCCCCAGCUAUCAUCCUUUCUGAACAACAAAGAUAAGGAGGUACUGAGCUACUUGAGCAGAUUGGAGGUGGAAGAGCUUGGCCUCGCCAGAUUGGGCUACAAAAUCAAGUUCUACUUUGGCCGAAACCCCUAUUUCCAAAAUAAGGUGCUCAUCAAGGAAUACGGGUGUGGCCCUUCCGGUCAAGUGGUGUGUCGCUCUGUUCCAAUCCAGUGGCUCCCAGGUCAUGAUCUGCAGUCCCUAAGCCAGGGAAACCCAGAAAACAACGGUAGCUUCUUUGGGUGGUUUUCAAACCACAGCUCUAUCGAAUCUGACAAGAUUGUUGAAAUAAUCAACGAAGACCUGUGGCCCAAUCCCCUGCAGUACUAUCUUAUCAGUGAAGCGGCCCGAGGGGAGAAAGGAAAGGAGGGAAGACCAGGUUCUGCAAAGCAGCCAGUGCAGACCCCUGAGCCGGGGGUGAAACAGUCCAAAUGAUCCUGUACAAGUCUCUCUACUACCUCCUGCUGGACCUGUUAGGCUGACCACGUGGGUUUGGCUGGCUGCCUUGUGUUCGUGUUCUAAGUGUACUGUAGCCACUUUGGACUUCAGCUGCAAGAACAUGGCGUUUGUGAUCAUGUUCUUUGCUUCUCCAUGGCCUUCUUAUUUUUUUCACAAUAGUGUCACAUGUUAUGUGAUGUCACCCUUACUGUUGGUAUGUUGGUAUGUUAAGAUGUGUGCUGUUUGGCUCUUCAUUGCCCGUUCCCUGUUCUUAGCUCUGGCCCUUUCCAUCUAUCUUUAACAUGGAGUCACCGUCUAGAUGGAUACUCAAGCUGUAAUACUUCAUGGUCAGUCACCUACUGAGCUUUGCAUUCCUUCUAGCCGUGCAUGUCACCAGUGGCAAGUUGUUCUGUUGCCACCACAAAAUGAAGCCAGUGCACAUGGCAUUGACCAUCAGCCAGCAUUGCUAUUUUGUGGGCCUGGGGACACCAGCCAAUGCUCUGCCUACUUAAUUUCCAGCUUCAGCCUAGAGUCCGGCAGACUACUGGAUGUAGAUGAGAUCAAAGGCAAAGAGCAGUAUGCCACAAAUUCUUCAUGUGUCUCUUCUUGCCUCUGGGUUAGUCUCCUGGUGAACUUUCAUCAAAGUCUGGCCAUGUGUGGUUGUUAUCAGUCCACUGAGUUUUGCCUAGGUUGCUAUUGGCUCCAGUUGUCCUGUUAAGCAAGGACCUCAAGAACCACCUAUGAAUCCAGGGCAUGAGCCUCAAACCUACCCUCCCCUGACUUUCAGGAACCCCUCAGGCUGUCAGAAAGAUGGACAGCCUGGUAUGUGUGGACACAUGUUCGUUGCUAUCAUGCUGUGAGUUCAGAUGAGGUUAGGGGCUUGGGGCCGCACCUUUGUCAGUUAGGUGUAUGUCAACUUCCCUAUUCUCUGCUAAGAUUUGACAAGAGUGCCUUAGUGGAAAUGCUGAGGAAGAGACGUUUUUCAUUCGUGGGCCUCUACUUUACUUCAUCUCGUUCCUCCAUACUACCCAAUCUACUUCCCUAGUUACCGCCCUCCUGACCUUUCCCUUCUCCCUUUUCUGCCACAUUCUCCCCUGCUCCUUCAAGUUCCUUUUCCUCUCUUUUUAAAAAUGUGUGUGUUUAAAUAGCAACAAAUCAGCAUCUGCAUACAGGUGGGGGCUUGCCCUGCUCAUUCACAUAGUAGGUUGAGAUAGGAUAGAGGAAAUUAGAAGGCUGGAGAGUUUGUGGUCAGACUUUGGUCCUGACUCUUGGGCUCAUUCUGUAGUUCUAAAGUUGUAUGUAUCUGCUUGGAACCCUAUGGCAGCAGUGUUAUGGACUAGUGUCUACCUUUUUUUUUUUUUUUGUCUUUUGUGUGUGCCUUUUAAGACCCAGUGGCUCCUGUUCCCUCCUCUGGUAGCCCAUGCCACAUGGAUCCCCAGCCCUAGCUUUUUUACUCAGCAGUCCUUUGUUGUCUUUGCUUCUGUGCCUAAUAGCUGAAGUAUGGAGGGAUCCCAGGUUGUUACUAGGGCGUGGGGAUGGGCACAGGCAGAGUCUGUUCUAGAUCUUCACGUUAUUUUCUGGUGAGUAUGCAAGCUGAGCUGGGCUCUUACUGCCCAGGCUUGCCUGUGUCCUCCCUUUCUUCGGAAAGUAGGACUCUCUAAACUUGCCCGUCUCUUAAACUCCCUUCCCAUACAAAAGGCGUAGCAUUCUAAGUUCUGUGAGGGAGUCUUUGACUCACAGUGUUAGUGAGGUGAUGCUAGGCAGGGGAAUCAGAGCCACAGCAUGGAACAGGUAUGAGCCUGGUAUCGAGUGGGCCAGGAAAAGCUCAGAAAUGGCUUGAGAAGCUGCAGAGAGAGGGCCCUGUCUCAGCAAUGGAAGUGGCAGGAAGGACCUUCCUCAGGACUGGAAAGGGAGAUUAAUGGAUUUCUGGUAAAGAAGAUGGUUAGGCAAGGAUGGAUCCAGAGUUUUGGCCAAUCCUUAUCUCAUCAUUAGUGGAUUUGUUUAACCACAGACACUAACCAAAAGCAAUAUUACUAUGUUGAAUGCUUUGUUAUUCUAGUGCAGCUUUGAGUAAUGUGGAAAAUCAUGCUGUGUGCUGUGUAUUUGGCCUCUAAGUAAAACUUCACUCUCCUCUUUGUUGCCUAAUGAGAAUAGAGCUGUAUAAGUUUGCUCUUUAACAAUACUGUUUUGUUCUUUAUUACGGACAUUUCCAGAAACAAGUGGAGACAAUGGUCCCCGGACCCUGUAUGCCCUCCAACUAGCUGCAUCAGUUAUCAGUUUGGAGCAACCUAAUUUCAUCUGUAGCGCUCUUUUGACCAACUGUUUAAAGUUCAAGGCACUACGCCAGUGCAACAAGGGCUGCUUUGAGAGAUUGGGCCUCUGGUGCUGAUAGUUGUGGUGUGCACUAUCGUUAUCACAUUGUCUGCUUUUUGCUGUUUGUGUUAAUGAUCUUCCAGAAAUGGGUCUCAGAAAUGAAUCUUCAGACUUAAUAAAAUUCAGAGAUGAGAGGGAAUAUUUCAUCUCUCCCACAUCCACAAAAGAGACCAUUCUGUUGUAAAACUUUGAAAGACCCUGAUGUAAGGUACCUUUCCCAUCUUAACAGGUUUCUCCUGUGCUCAUGGAGACAUGAACUGUUAAUCAGCUUGCCCUGGCCUCAUAAAUUAUAACUCUGAUCUUGGAAAUAUAAUUUGGAAAUUGUUGCUGUGUCUUGUGAAAAUAACCUCCCCUAAAGUAAUCACUAACUGGUUGUUGUACUUGAUAAUUUGACACUCUGGUAAUAAUGCGAUUAUUUCUCUAUUCCUAAGUAGUAUAAAUAUUUGCAAGUUUGCAUGCAUGAUGGAAAAAUAAUAAUAAAUACACUUCUGUCUCUGUUUUGUUCCUUA